GUGGAUGACCGCUUCGGUGCAACGAGAUGCGCCUGCGCCCGGGCUUCGGGUCCGUUGCCAAGGUAACGGCGUCAGAAUCCAGUCCACCAUGGAGCUUUCUUUUCCUACACCAGCGAAAAACAAAUGGGAAAAAGAAGAAAAAGAGAAGGAAAAAAAACGCAACUGCAGCAACGAAACCCACCCCCCCAAACAUGAACGGUCACGUGACGGGCAUGCUUCGAAGAGAGUAGGAGGGGGUCGCAAGGCUUCCGGUGCAUCGCCCGGGUAACGGUUGUACACUUCCUGCCCGCAGUAAAGUGGGGUUUAAGUCGGAAUCUUAAGCUUCCAGGAGCGACUUGUUACGACCGUGAUGGCCCCGAAAACUGCGCCCCGUAGAUUGAGUGGCACACAACCAACUACCAGGACAACCAGAAAAAGAGAUGAAGAUGCUGGCCCAGAUGUGGGAGAAGGAACAGAUGAUUGGGCUCAGGCCAAGACGCUGAUCAAACCCCCAGACCAGUUGGAGCUGACUGAAGCGGAGUUAAAAGAAGAAUUCACUCGUAUCCUGACAGCCAAUAACCCACAUGCUCCUCAAAAUAUCAUCAGAUUCAACUUUAAAGAAGGGACAUUUAAACCUAUAAGUUUUGUAGGCCAACUAGCAGUCCACUUCAGCUUGGUUGGGAACAUGAUCCUCAAAGACUCAGAUGAAGGCAGACGACAAAAUUACCGAGCAGAAAUGGCAAGUUCUCAGGAGGCUAUAGAGGUGCAGCCUGCAGAAGAAGGUGAGGAAGGUGAGGAAGGUGAGGAAGGUGAGGAAGGUGGAGAAGGUGAAGGUGAAGAAGGUGGUGAAGGUGGAGAAGCGAAGGAAGCAGGAAGCCACGCAGAAAUUCCGACACCUGGAGCAGCAGAAGCAGAAAUAGAAGAAGACAUUUUUAUCCCUAGAAAGCCAACGGAACGGAAACUCACCAACAAGUUUAAUUUUAGUGAAAGAGCAUCUCAGACCUUCAACAAUCCUUUACGGGCCCGAGAGUGUCAAAUGGAACCUCCCCCUAGAGCAAACUUCUCUGCUACAGCUAAUCAGUGGGAGAUCUAUGAUGCAUACAUGGAAGAGCUGGAGAAGCAAGAAAAGAACAAGGAGAAGGAGAAGGGGAAAGGUCCAGUGGCUAAAAAAGUUGGGAAGAUGAAGGAGAGGAAGAAGACAUCCAUGGAAUCCCAGAGUGAUGACAUAACCAAGGUGACCCAAGCAGCCAAAAUAGUGGAACGAAUGGUCAAUCAGAACACGUAUGAUGAUAUUGCCCAGGAUUUUAAGUAUUAUGAAGAUGCAGCUGAUGAAUAUCGGGACCAGGAGGGCACUUUGCUCCCUCUCUGGAAGUUCACAUAUGAUAAGGCAAAGCGCCUGGCCGUGACAGCCCUCUGCUGGAAUCCAAAAUAUAAGGAUCUGUUUGCAGUGGGACAUGGCUCUUAUGACUUCAUGAAGCAAAACCGGGGCAUGUUGCUCCUGUACACCCUGAAGAACCCCAGCUUCCCAGAGUAUAUCUUCAGCAGCGAGAGUGGUAUCAUGUGCCUGGACAUGCACGUGGAGCACCCUUAUCUGGUGGCCGUGGGCUACUAUGACGGCAACGUGGCCAUCUACAAUCUCAAGAAGCCCCAUUCACAGCCGUCCUACAAGAGCUCAGCCACCUUAGGAAAACACUCAGAGCCUGUGUGGCAGGUCAGGUGGCAGAAGGACGACAUGGACAACAAUCUGAACUUCUUCUCAGUGUCAUCUGAUGGAAGGAUUGUAUCCUGGACUCUGGUGAAGAAUGAGCUGAUGCACACAGACAUCAUCAAGCUAAAAGUGGAGGGCACAACGACUGUAGGUCCAGAGGAACUGAAUGUGUACACAGUGGGCUGUGGGACCGCUUUUGAUUUCCACAAACAGAUUGACUACUUGUUUCUCGUGGGCACUGAGGAGGGUAAAAUCUACAAAUGCUCCAAAACCUACUCCAGCCAAUUCCUUGACAUGUUUGAGGCCCACAAUAUGGCAGUGGACGCAGUGACCUGGAAUCCAUACCACUCCAAAGUCUUUAUAUCCUGCAGCUCAGACUGGACAGUGAAAAUCUGGGACCAUACCAUCAAGAAACCCAUGUUCGUCUAUGACUUGAAUUCUGCUGUGGGUGAUGUGGCUUGGGCCCCCUAUUCCUCUACGGUUUUUGCUGCAGUCACCACUGAUGGGAAGGCCCACGUGUUCGACCUGGUCAUCAACAAAUAUGAGUCAAUCUGCAACCAGCCAGUAGUGGCAAAGAAGAAAAAUAAAAUUACCCAUGUGCAAUUCAAUGCUAUCCACCCUAUCAUUAUUGUCGGGGAUGAUCGUGGUCAGAUUACAUGCCUCAAACUCUCACCCAAUCUGCGCAAGAUGCCCAAGGAGAAGAAGGGACAGGAGGUGAAGAAAGGCCCAGCAGUAGAGAUUGCCAAACUGGACAAACUGUUGAACCUCGUAAAGGAAGUGAAGACCUGAUCGAAUCUGUCCCCAGAUAGCAGCACCCCCAUCUCCUGACCUAACCUCCAGAUUAUCUCAAUUUUGUCCCCUAAGUAUGUUUUAGUCUCCUCAAAUAUUAAGACUUGCAUUUCCCAACUCCACAACCAUGCUCUCAAUGUCAGUGGUCUCGUUCUCUUACUGAAGGAACAAGAGAUCCUUGCAGAUGUAAUUACCCCCUCCCAUAUAGAAAUAUAAAAGGUGACCCUCAACACCUUCCUAGACAAACAA